UCAUUUUUUCAUUUUUUCAUUUUUUACCUUUUAUAAUUUUGUUACUAAUAGAAAUGGAUUUCGAUGAUAUUCCCGAGCUCUCUGCAGACACGCUGGCGCUGCUGCAGUCGUUCCUCGGUGAAAAGCAAGAGCUCGACGACCGGUUUGCCAAGCUCCAAGGGAACGCCGACGCAGAGUUUGAGACACAAAAGAUAACCAUGGACUGCUUCCAAGAGGACUGGCAGCUCAGCCAGUUCUGGUACAGCGAAGCGACAUCCGAUUUUAUUGCCAGCCGCGCGCUCAAGAACACGCAGCAGGGCGAGAAAAUAGCCUUUAUCAGCUCGCCCUCUGCCUACGUGGCAUUCCGCAAUAUGGCCCCGGAGCGCGCCAUCGAUGCCUACGUGUUUGAGUUUGACAAGCGGUUUGACCUGUUCAAGCAGCAGUUCGUGUUUUAUGAUUUCAACAGGCCGUUGGGAUUUUCGAAGGUUGAGGAGAUGAAGGGCAUGUUUAAGUUUAUUGUGGCGGAUCCGCCGUUCUUGAACGAGGACUGCUUGUCGCAGACUAUGGAGACUGCACAGCAUAUUGCUGCUGAAGACGCCUUGAUUAUGAUUGACACGGGCGCGGUCAUGGAGGAGCUGGCUAAUAAGUUGGUCGGCGCGAAGAUCACGGGCUUCCAUCCUGAGCAUGGCGGCGGUCUGUCGAACGAAUUCCGCUGCUACACUACGUUUGAAGAUGACAAGCUCAAAUGGAUAUAGAAGAGCCCUCUGAAUAAAAAAUAUUUGCCCAUAUUUUCUUUGCUUCUUUGAGCGCCGAGCCGAGACGUAUAUUUUUCAUUAUUUGUUUAGCAAGUGGAGAAAACAUUUUUUUUUGCAAAA